CCCGCGCGCACCUCGCGCCUGGCGCGCACCAAGUACAACAACUUCGACGUGUACGUGCGCGCGCGCUGGCUCUACGGCUUCAUCCGCUUCCUGCUCUACUUCAGCUGCAGCCUGUUCACGGCCGCGCUGUGGGGCGCGCUGGCCGCGCUCUUCUGCCUGCAGUACCUGGGCGUGCGCGCGCUGCUGCGCUUCCAGCUCAAGCUGUCGGUGCUGCUGCUGCUGCUGGGCCGCCGGCGCGUGGACUUCCGCCUGCUCAACGAGCUGCUGGUCUACGGCAUCCACGUGACCAUGCUGCUGGUCGGGGGCCUGGGCUGGUGCUUCAUGGUCUUCGUGGACAUGUGAGCGCCGGUCUGCGCCGGGCUCGGUUGCUGCCACCCGCGGGCCGAUGCCGGCGGCCGGGCGUCUUGGCGGGUAGGUCAGGGCCUUGUCCUUCACGCUCCAUCCCACAGCCAGGUCCCUGUCCGGGAGAGCGAGGGGCUGAGACUGAUGUCGACGGGACACCGCGCCCUCCAGCCUGGGGGUUUUCUCCUCACCCUGCGUGUGCGUUCAGGUGCGGUCACCCCCUGGCCAUCGCCCUGUGGUUCCAGCCCAUGCUUUUCCAGCCCUGUCGUGGGCUGGCCAUCGGUCCAGUCUGUACUUGGAGAGCCUCUGUGUCCCUGUCCGUUCUCCAGGACACUGGCAUCACCCGUGGUGUAGGGGGUCCCCCCAAGGGAUGUGUUGCCCAGGAGCAAAUCUGGAGGGGGCUCCUCCUGGCUGCGCACCCCUGGCCCCUGACCCAGCCUUAGGGAAGCAUCAGGCUCCACUCACCACACUGCCACAAAGCUGUCCACUCUGCCCUGGGCCACCCGGUCUGGCACAGCCCACAGACCCUCAUCCGCCUGGCACCCUGGGAUGUGUUAGGGUCUUGAGUCCCGGGCCAGUCUUCAGGGUCACCUUGGUUUGUGCAGGCACAGUCCAGCAGGGAGUCACGGCCUGGACAGGGCCAUAGAUCAGGGGCCUGGCCCAGGGCAGACCCUCCUUCCUCCUGGGCAGGUCUGUGUGGAAUGUCAAGCCUCUUCACAUGUGGAUUUCUGGGGAGGCAGCUCAAUCUCUCUCUGGCUUUGGGGGUGCUUUUAGUUUCUCUUUGAGAGGACACCCAGAAUUGAGACUUACGUGUCUGGAACAGAUGUUGAAGGUCUGGAGAGGCGCUCUGAUUGUGCACAUGAAACAUGGGCCCACCCUUUGUUUAAAAGCACCUCUUAGAGUCAAAGGCGUGGCACAGGACUAGAUCUCCAGGCCAGGGACUUGGUUGUCCCUUUGUUCCUGCCUCAGGGGCCAUUAGAGCAGCUAGGGGGUAAAAAGCAAAAGUGAAUGUCGACAGGGACUGUGGCCAGGAAAGAACAAAGGGCCGGUGGUCCUGGGGGACUAUUGGUCACAGAGAACACAUUCCAGAGGGCUAGCGUCUUGUCCAGACCCCUUGCUCUGGCCUUCUGCAGCAGGGGGACAGGGUGGCCGUGUUAUUUAAUGGCCGCCAGGGGCCUCCUCUGCAAGUGAGAGGGCGCUCUGAGUAAUUAUGCUCAGACAACAGGCAGAGACAGGACAGGACAUGGGGCCAAUGCUGCUUUGCCCCAAGUUGUCCCCACACCCUCUGGUUGUGGGUAGUUGCCCCUUUGACCCUGCCUGGCCGCAGGCCAGUGGCCAAGGGGACUGUCAUGACAGUUGUGUGCCACUGGAAGAAAACCCAAAUCAGGUAGAGAAAGCAAAAAGCACUUGGCUAUAACCGAGCCUUUCAGUCUGUAGCCAGCUCUGGACGAUUGUCAGCCCCAGGUUGAUGGGAAGACUCCUUGAAGGGAGGUGCUCAAGGAGCUGACCCGAGGAGCCCCAAUCCUCAGCGCUACAGAGAAUCUUUUGCACUAAAUCAUGCUGUUUCCUAAAAGCUUUGUUUUGUGUUAAUUAACUCACCUGGCUCAGACCCUUUGAAGCCUCCUGACUGAGGUGGGCGGAGUCCACACCUUAGGGGUGGCGGGGAGGGGGUCUGGCCGUGGGUCGCCUGGAAUGUCUGCGUGGCAGUACUGGGAGUUGACACGCUCAACACGUAGCUGCUCGGGGUCUUGAGUGCCUGUGAACUUCUUUAUGAAAAGAGCCACCUGCAUUAAACUUAUUUUUUUAAUGUGUUGACGGAGUGA